GCUGUAACCAUACAUACACUGCUCAAUGUAGAGGAGCGAUGCUGAAUAAUGCAUCUUCGCCUGGUGGAUGUGGACCAGCGUGUGUGUGUGUGUGUAAGAAAAGGAGAGCGAGCAUGUGUGUGUGAGGAAUCCCUCCCCCAGCCCCCAACCAGCCUGCCACAUGAAGUCAGCGAGCGAGCGGAGAAGAGAGGAGAGAGCGAGGAGGAGAGGAGCAGGAGGGAGAAUGUACCGAGAGAAGAUCUGAGGAGGAGGAAUAUGAAGAGCAUAGGAAGCGCAGCCCAUCGAUGGCAGCCAUGCUGAGUCCAAAGAUCAGACAGACCAGGAGAGCCAGGUCCAAGAGCAUGGUGAUGGGAGAAGCACCACGUGGCUCACCGAGUCUCCAGGAGGGAGUGCUAAAGGCAGGCUGGCUGAAGAAGCAGAGGAGCAUUAUGAAGAACUGGCAGCUGCGCUGGUUUGUGCUGCGUGCUGACCACCUCUACUUCUACAAGGAUGAAGAGGAGACCAAACCACAGGGCUGCAUCUCACUGAAGGGCAGCCAAGUGAAUGAACUGACAGCCAACACAGAAGAACCCGGCCGACAGCUUUUUGAGAUUGUGCCAGCUGGUGAGAAAGACAAGGCUGCGAUGAGCCAUGAGUCUUAUCUACUCAUGGCCAACUCCCAGAGUGACAUGGACGACUGGGUGAAGGCCAUCAGACGGGUCAUUUGGGCUCCUUUUGGAGGAGGCAUAUUUGGCCAGCGUUUGGAGGACACUGCACAAUUUGAAAGUAAGUUUGGUCCUCGUCUCGCCCCUCUCUUCGUGGAGCAGUGUGUGGAUUUCAUCAGGGAACAGGGUCUCGAUGAAGAAGGCUUGUUCCGGAUGCCAGGACAAGCCAACCUCGUGAAGGAGCUUCAGGAGGCCUUUGACUGUGGAGAUAAACCUCAGUUUGACAGUAACACGGAUGUCCACACCGUGUCUUCCCUGCUGAAGCUGUAUCUCAGGGAGCUUCCCGAGCCCGUCGUUCCCUUCUGCAAGUAUGAGGACUUCCUCACGUGUGCUCAGCUCCUGGCCAGAGACGAGGAGGAGGGAAUACAAGAAUUAGGGAAGCUAGUGAAGACCCUUCCAGCUGCCAAUUACAACCUUCUGAAAUAUAUAUGCAAAUUUCUGGAUGAGGUGCAGUCUCACUCAAAUGAAAAUAAAAUGGGUGUGCAGAACCUGGCCACCGUGUUUGGACCAAAUAUCCUCCGUCCCAACAAGGAGGAUCCAGUAGCUAUGAUGGAAGGCACCUCCCUUGUUCAGCAUCUCAUGACGCUGCUCAUCAGCAAUCACGAGCACCUGUACACUGAGAAACACUCAGAAACAUCACAGAACCAGACGGAGCUCAGGGACCAAAACCAGCAACUUCAGCAGUCCAACCUGGUGGACUGGAUCUCUGAGGAGGAUCUCCACACCUCGCCUCAGGGAAAGGGAGAGACAGCCGUCAGCCCUAGUAAGCAGACCAAGACGCUUCCAGGAUGGAAGCACACCUUCAGAGGCUCCGCGGUGGACGGUGGGAACUGGUUAAUGAACGGUCUGUCCUCACUGAGGGGACACCGCCGAACCUCGUCUGGCGAACGCUCCAGGGACUCGGGCUCCUCUCAGAGACUGUCUUCUUAUGACAACGUCACGUCUUCAUCGAGUCUGAGUGUGGACAGCAUGCCGUGGUCCAGCUCGUCCUGUGAGAUCUCCGUCACAGACUCGAGCGAGCCGCUGGGGACAGAAGACAGACGGAGCGAAGAGGAAGUCAAGCCUGAGGAACAGCAGGAGGAUGCUGAGGAGAAGCGUGCGAGCGGAUUGUUCUGUAGUGGCACUGGAAGCAUCACACCGGUCAUUAGAGUUGUAGAUGAAGACGGAGAUGCAGAAGAAAGCCCUUCGUCUCUGCUCAGCGUCGUGGCAGAACUGAAAGAAGAGCUGAGGAAGCAGAAACAGACUUAUGAAUCUAGAAUUGAAAAGCUGCAAGAGUCGAGUUCAGCCCUGUGGUCACAGAUAGAGAGACUCGAGCAAGAGAUGGAACAGGAGAGAAAAAGAAAAGUAAUGCUUGAGAUCAAACUGAGAAACUCUGAACGUGCUCGUGAGGACGCAGAGAGCCGCAAUCACCUCCUUGAGAAGGAGAUGGAAGACUUCUUCUCCACGUUGGGGGAUCUGGCUCUUGGAAGCCGGACAAGUGACAUUUAACGCAAAAAAUAAACACACCCAAAGACAUGAGGACCAGAGCACUCGGGCGUCUCCGUAAAUCAUGUGGACAAUUUUAAGUAUGCAAAAUAUAGUGUUCAUUAAAUCAUUUAAAAGGCCUUCCACUAUCACACUAAAUCUACUGGUUACUUUUCCCAAGAAGAUUGUUCCCAUCGUUUCAGCAGUGUAGCAUUUACUAAAGCCAUUUUACUCUUGACAUUUUAAAGGCGAUUUCUUUCCGGAAGCUUCAGGUGACAGAAACAAAUGGAACGUCUGGAUCUUGUCCUGAAAUCAGUUCAGAUGAAUCUUUUGCAUGUUCAGGGUUCCCAGUCUGAAUGAU